AUGGCUGACAGACACGCGUCCUCCUCCCGGGUUCUCGCAUCCGGCAUCUCCAAGGCGCGCAGCGGGAUGACCUCGUCGUCGCAUGGCGUGCGCCGCAACCUCUUCCAGAGCCAGCUCACACGGCGGCCGACAGCCAAUUCACCGCCGUCACCCGACUCGCUGCACCUAGAUGUCGAUGCGCAAAGGGAGCACCAGCACCAGCAGCAGAAUCAGUUCCAACCACAGCUCGAGGCGCACUCGCCCGAUGACCACAUCGUUGUGCGCGACCACAACGGCGAGAUCGAGCUGGACGACCCGCCAACACCGCCCUUCAACGAUGCCGAGGAUAUGGAAGAUAGGCGGCGCGAGGACGAGAAGGAGAGGCAACGGCUAGCCGAGGCAGUGAGGCAGCAUCAGAUUGGCCGUAACAGUGUGCCUGCACAGCCCGAAGGCAAGGACCCCUUCCCCUCCAUCAGUUCCACCAGCAGCAAGUGCUCUGCCAAACACAUGUCGCCCGUCGUCCUGAUGACUAAAACCAAACGCUUUGCAUCGAGUACAGAGCUUCUCGAGGCGGUCAAGGCAAGCCUGAGAGCAAAGGUUGCUGCGCUAGACGAGGACAACUGGUUAUAUGAGCGCGAAGAGCUACCGCAGCAGCAUCAGUAG